GUUAAAACAAUGGGGGAAAUAUAGGCUACCUCUUAUGCCUAUAACGUCCUCAAAUGUAGCCCCAUUAUCGACUCAUAGUAAUAACAUACAUAAUAAUAUAUGAGAUUAGGCUAAAGCGUGUCUUUCACACUCAGCCCAUGAGUAUUUCUGUUUGUUUCACUUAGCAACGUUAUGGUUCUGCUCAAAUCAAAAGCUAGCAACGGGAAGCUGCUGAUGUAUUUGUGGGUGUUGGUUGUCGACAAAGUUUCUGUUUUCUGUAGAAACUGUAACGACAACUUCAGAGGAAGUGAAAGUGAAACAGACGAACUCUUCGUGUAGGCUACAGCACACACAGCAACAGAUGAGGACUGUGUCAGCGCUGUAUAUUCUCGGUAAACGCGUGUUAAUGAUGGCGUGGUUUAGCUACAACCGACUUUAUCCUGUUGUUGAGUGGUUAUGGCGCAAACUCAUUUCCUUAUGGCGCUGUUUCACCACAGCGCUUGGUUCAAUAGUCGGGUAUGCACGUUCAGCGAUAGGCUGGCGACAGAAUCACGCAGGCCGAGAUGACCCUGAAAUAAGCGAAGACGAAGACGGCGAACUUCCAGAGAGAGGCUUCUCAGUGGAGGUCAACGAGCCUGUCUGUGAUUGUCAAAGUGAGGCUGCCGUUGGCCGGAGGGCCGCAGGCUCUACCCGAGAGCGGCCGUGGUGUGAGGAAGAUGAUGAUGAUGAUGAUGACUUUGACAGCGAGAAGUAUCGAGUUGAGACCUCAGAUGAGUUGUUCUGUGGCUAUGAUUCAACCUGGGAGACCGAGGAGCAUCAGGAGAGCACAUUCAAAAGCAGCAGGCGGUCAGCGUCCAAAUAUUACAAGUUCAGCAGAUUUGAAAAUGCUGCAAAAGACAUGCAGAACUACAGGCAUGACUACCCUUCCCAGACCAGGCAGCAACGCUGGAUAAAUCCAGUAGAUGAUGACAUGCCCAAUUUGAAGUUCUACCUCGGAAUGAUGCCCUCUCAACCUAACGGCGCCUACAUCGACGAUUUCCACAAUGAAUGGUCUGGAGAGUAUGAAGCACUGGAGUACGUACACACCUAUAUUCAAUGGUUGUUCCCACUGCAAGAACCAGGGAUGAACAAUGAGGCCAGUACUUUGACAAAAGCAGAAAUUAAGUGUUUUCUUGAGAACAGGACUGCAAAGGAAAAUCUGUUAAAGUCCUACAAGCUCAUGUUGGACUUCUAUGGUAUCGAGUUGUGCAAUGAGGAAACAGGAGAGGUCAAGAGAGCAUCAAACUGGAGAGACAGAUUCAACAACCUUAACAGUCACACUCAUAACAACCUGCGCAUUACCCGCAUCCUGAAGUGCCAGGGAACCCUGGGGUACCCGCAUUACCAAGCCCCCCUGGUCCACUUCUUCCUGGAGGAGACUCUCGUCCAUGGAGAACUCCCAAAUAUCAAGGACAGUGUGCUCAACUACUUUGUGUUUGCUGUCCUCGAUAAAAGAGAACGCAGGAGUCUAAUCAAGUUUGCCUAUUUGAACUAUGACCAUAAAGAUGAGUUUGUAUGGUGCCCAAAGAAAAUCCAGAUGAUGUGGUCAAGGGCUGGCGGUGUCCAAGCAGCAAAAUGGAAUUAAUGAAGUAUUUGAGUCUGGAUAAUGAGGAUGAAGCCAAAGACGAAGCUGCCAAAGCAGAAUCUGUCACGGUUCCCCAAAUCCAUACUACAUAUUAAUUCUAUACUACAUACAUAUCGUCAUAGAUACAGGAGCAGGAAAUGAUACAAUAUAUGUGACGUUGGUUGUCAGUCAAGCUGACUUUGGAAUUUCACUGCCAAUUAAACGUCACUAAUAGACAUCAAAAUAUUUUUUCUAAAACGUUAUACUAUUUUUAUAAGAUUUUUUGGAGCUGUUUCACCACCACCCACAAUUUAAUGUGUCUCAACAGCACACUCAAAAAAAUACCAUAUUUAGCAUGCAUGCUGCCUACUUUAUUUUGUUACUUUUCUAGUGUAAACACACUGCAUACUAAACACCUGCUUAAUAUCAGUAUGUACUAUAGUUUUGGGACACGCAGCAUGUCUCGUAUCUGGUAACAGUGUGACUCACGGGACCUUGAAAACCUGAUGUGUAAUAACUGUUGCCAUAAAGCAACAGUUACAAUUGAUUUGCAUUCACCAGCAGUAGGUGUAAGAGGCAAUCACAGAGCGUAAACAAGAGCAAUAAAGAGCUCAUGCAAGUCCGCCAAAUGAAUGCAGGUAAAAUAUCCAGCCCUGAAGAGAACGUCACAGAGAAUCAAAGCAGCAAAGACAGAGUGAUGAUGAAUUAUCCAGUGAUGUAGAGGCAGAUACACUCCAGAUACUGCACAUGAUCUUGACAGAGCAUCAGUGAAAUUUCCUCAGUACUGUAUAACAAUGGUUUAUUGUGCUUUACACACUGAAUCAAAUAGCAUAGUCAUUUAUGCAAAUGCUUUUGUUUCUUUUAGUAUUCACAGUUUGGUUUCUGGACAUCUAUUCUUGUUUUAUUCUUAUUAUUCGACUUCACAAACAAAAAUGUGCAGUAUUCUGAACUGGGCGAGUAUGGUUUAACCAGACAAGGUGCAAUUGUAAUAAAAGUGCUUAUGUUAUGGUGUGGGUAAGUAGGACAAAUGAAGAAUUUUAAGAAUUGCUGUUUGACUGUGGUUAAUGAAGCUGUUCCCAAUUCUCA